AUGUCUUACUAUACGCAGAUCACUGCGGAUGACUACACGUACGAGGAUGGGUCAUCAUAUGACCAAGCUGGCCUGUUUGGCACACCGCUUGAUCCAACUGAUGUGGCCUCAUUCGCCACUAGCCCUUCAGUAAUUGACCUUGAGGACGCUCAGACGAUUGCCUCGUCACGCCUAAGUCGGCCACCAGAACAUGUAACUAUCACGAAUGUAAUACCUGCACAGGCCGCGCAACCUGGCCAGCUUAACCUUCCGACUCCUCUUGAAAUCUCAGGGCUGCAGGAUGUUGCGAUCGAAAAGUACUGUGACUGGUUGUGCUCCCGAGUUCAACGCCAAAAUUUCAAGAACCAAUAUCGGAAGGCGGCGGAACUCGCGCUAGACCAUUGUUUAGAUCUUGAGGGGCUUCAUGACAAACAAGAUGUGGAAUUCUUUACAAGUAAUGGGAUACAACUUGGCGCGGCGCGGUGUUUUAUUACUAGCAUUAGGAAAUGGGCAGAGCUUCAAUGCGAUGCAUGA